UGUUGAUAAACAGAAAAAUGUUAAAAAAACUGUGGCUGUUGUUGUUGAUUUUUGUUAAAUUGCUUAAAGAAAAUGGUGCGGUCACACAUUGGAUCGUUACCGAGACCGGUCGGAUUCAAGCUUAUAUGGAAUCACCGUAUGAUAUGCGAAGACCGUACGAUUUACUUGCACUAAUGGAACAGGAAAAACGCCAUGAAGAAAUCAGCAGGUUGUACAACGAACUGAUCGUCAGCAAGCUAAUGAUCGAAGAAAAAUGGUCCAACUUAGAACGCACGUCAAAUUUGGGCAACAAAUUCACAUCCAACGACCCCGAUUGUCUGGCAGCCGGCAAACUGUUCCUCGACAUCGACUUGUUCUCAAACAUAGCGACCAACGGCACCGAACGCGAAGGCAUCGACGUCGAAUUUCGCGGCAGCGACAAAGAGGUGAAAACCUACAACACACCUGAUUGCGUCACAUUUACAAGUUUAGACGGUAACGGGCCUUAUCAAGGCGUGCCUCCGAUGGAGAGCAAGAACAACAUAUUUGUGGCUCCAGACGAUUCUUUACGACAGUUCAUGCCGGUCGAUUCAGUCAAAGUAUUCGGACACGAGAUUGCACAAGGACUGAAGAAGAACACCAGCUCGUGGGUGCACUACAAUUUGGCCGCGAUCUACUGGCGCAUCAAAGGAGAUGGGCCAAAAGCCAUCAACUGCAUCAAACGUGCCAUUCACUAUGUACCUAUGGAAUUCAGAGACAUUCCAAUCCACAACUUGGCUGGCACCUUACACCAGGCUCGUCACUCCAAAGAGGCGGCAAUGUUCCUGCACAGUGCCAUAGAACACGCCCCCAAAGAAGCCAUACACCACCUGGCCCUGGGAAGCAUCUACGCUUCACUGGGCGACUACAACAAGUCCGUACAGUAUUACGACCGUUACUUAGAACUGAAACCUGGCCAAAAGGAUGUGAUAGCGAAUAGACACGCCAUCCUCUGCUACUGGAAACUGGAAACCGGAUUGAUACAGCUGCAAGAAUCGUUGCAAGGGAUUCUCACCGAUUUACACAACUAUCACAGCCAACAACAACAGUGGCUGAGACUGCAAGAGAGAUUAAUGUGGGAACAUUCAUCCUUUGAGGUCCAAAUCGACGGAUUUCACUCCGACAACCUCGAUUCGGUGCCCGGUAAAAAAGUGCAACGUUGCUUUCAAAAGACAUCCGGCACCUCCAAGCCCAUCAUUUCCUGCGAAGACUUCUACAAUUCCGGCCCGGAUUUGGACAGCUUAAACGUCGAAAGUCUCUUCAACUACGUGGAAAGUGAAAAACGAAAACUGAACGAUCACAUUGCCAAACCGGCGAAGAAAUUUGCCAAGGUGUUGAAGAAGAAGGCGGCGAACGAAAAAAAGAGUUUGGGCAAGACGCCGCCUUUGCUGCAUCUCAAGUACCCGACCACCAUGUCGACCGCUACAAAUCAGUAUUACGACGCAACCGGCUGGCCCACCAAGGAGCAGUGUUUGGAGUGGAACUUGCCCAUACAUCAAAAAGACGAUUUGGAUUUGCCUGUUUAUUUGCCGCCCGAAAAUAAAGGGUUUCAGGUCAAAAAGAUUCUGGGCGAGUACAUAGACUUGCCUAAAGGUACGCAACACGAUUUACCUUGGUAUCCACCUGUUUGUGAACAUCCGGACUCUGACGGGGAUAAAUAUCUGCCGCCGAACGAAAAACAAGCAUUAAAUGUGGAACUGAAGAAUUCUGCGUUUUUGCGCAAACAUCUCAUGAUUUAUGCGGACGAAGACGCCACCGACGAAGCCGAAAUUGGUCAGAGAAUUAUUACAGCAAUGGAAAAGAAAAGCGCCCCACGUUGGGUUUUGGCAACACUAGCAAGCCUCUAUUGGAGGGUGCGGGGCAACGCCCGCAGGGCGCUGGAUUGCCUCGACCUCGCCUUCCAGAUCGUCCCGAAAGAACCCACCGACGUGGUGCUCGUUUCCAUCGGUUCGCUGGUACAUCAGCUCGGCUUCACUGAACAGGCCCUGAAAUUCGCCACCCUUGCGUUUAAAAUAAACUACGUUGAACCCAGCACCAAUUUCCUGCUGGCCCUUUUGCACUACACGAAAAACAAUCCUUUGCUCGCCAUGUAUUACAUGAAAAAUGUGCUGCGAGUGGACCCGGAUUAUUACGACGGAAAGGCCGAAGAGUUGCUGAAGAUUUGGUCGUGCAGGGUGAAACUGGGCGGGUACACGAACCCGAAGUACAGCACGGUGGAACAUUCGGUCGAAGGGAUGUGUGCUAAGAAGGAAACGACUUUUAAAGGGGAAGGAGUCCUGUGUUCACCCAACGGAGAUCAAUGCAAAACUGCUUCUAUACAAUGUUACCCCACUAAUAUUGGCGCUGACGAUCUUAAAAAGUCCUGCCACUCCCACGACAAAAUCGGACUAGGUCACACAUUAAUAUCUACACUUUUAUCAACCGACGGACCUGAUGUAGAACACGAUCCUAAAUUGCCACGUGACAACGUGGAAAAGUCAGCCCCUCACGCUUUUCACAUGCGCCUUUCUUUAGGAGAAAAACAUCCGGCCCACGAACACGCCGGGUUGGGCGACUUCUUUGUGUCUGUGGCAUUAUCGGAAGAUCCGGACAGGGAGAACUUGUUGCAUGUGUACGAUCAGUUCGGCACCUAUUCGUUAUCCCCGAGCGUUUGCAAGAAUCUUAAAGUGUCACAGGAGUUCAAGUACUCUUCAGUUUGGCCUUCAAUUGCUGCCAGAAGUCUUGAUAUUACGCCGUUUUUGAAAGUACAGUCCCCAAAUGAUAAGAUAUUGAGACCAUAUUGUACGCAAAACAUUCCGGGCAACAUGAACACGUUAGAUUAUCUGAAGUCGAUAGCAUUUAAGCAACAACUUGCGAGUGCUCCAGACGAAGAACUGGCCGAGCUUUUGGGCCUAAUGGCAAGCGACCGACGAUCUUCUAUCGAAGAACUGGGCUCCAAAAUAGCACAAGCCUUGAAACAAGAUGAAAAAUCGUGGAUUCUUUCGGUGGCGGCCUCGGUGUUCUGGAGAGUAUUGGGAAACAGCGGCGAAGCCCUGACCUGCCUGAGGGUGGCGCUCACAUACGUACCUGACGAAAUGAAGGACAUACCCCUGAUCCAUCUCGCCAACCUACUGAACCGAGUCGGUUAUCAUUCGGACGCUCUGGAGGUGGCCCAAAUGGCUCUGGGCAUCUACAACAACUUCGUCCUCAAUCAUUUCACCAUCGCUAACAUACACAUAUCAAUGGGCGAGUUAGAGAAGUCGGUGUCGUUCUACAGGGCGUGUCUGGCCCUCGACUCGAACUUCGCACCGGCACGCUGGAAGCUGCAAGCCGUGCUGUGCAGCUUGCUGUUCGACGAGGCCACCCUCCCGAAACCGAAGGACGCGCACGGUAACGAGGAAGAAUGACCCAAGCUUUUCAUCGUCAAGUUCAAGAACAAGAAUUCCUAACGCCAAACAUUCCGACGGACCAAAGAUAGAUAUGUCGUUUUAGUUACGAAAUGACGUGCUCGAUGUUUGACCGGUUUUUGUAUACGUAGUGAUCUCAAGGCGACUUCGGUCGCAGUCUUCAGUUUAUACUUAUCGUGCAAAAGGUUUCCCUGGGUAUAAAUGGUAUUUGAUGGUUGGUGACCAAUUAUUGAUAUUUUUUUUUAUUAACAUCAUGACGUAUUUUUAUUUUAUAUUAGUAACUCUUUUUCUCUUUCUAUAUCCCUCUGCUUUUAUCUUUUAGUAAUAGUUCUAAAAUUUGUUAUUGUUAUUAAUUUUUUAAUGUUUUAUUAUGUGAGACUCAUUUAAGUUCCAAAAUAUUAUGAUUAUAUAAUUUAUUAUAUAUAACAACUGUGUCGUUAAUUUUUAAGACUGACUAACUUAUGUAAUAUGUUAUAUAUGUUGAUUUUGUUUGUGCACUAAAUAAUUAUUAUAUUGGUCACUGAUGACAUUAAUAAUGUGAUGAAGACACAGGGAAUAUGUGAUAUUAUUUAAGUACACUAGUGAUUAGCUUGUCAUGAACCAAAACUUCAUUAUUUAUUGUAACACUGUGUCACAUUCAUAUUUUAAACAAUGUGUAUUUUUUUAGACUGUCCUACCAAAAACUAGAUAACUCUUAAUAUCAAUUAUUGAAUGGAUAUAUCAUUGAAACAUGUACUUGAUUAGAUAAUAAAUGUUAAUUAGAUGCAA